AAUAAAUCCGCCGCGCCGCGAUUCACACGUGUUUGCUUCGAGUUUUGGAAUUUUGUUGCUUUUCGGGUUUAAUUUUGAUAGAAUUUGUGAUUUUUUGGUGGUAAAUUGCUGAAAAAGGCGCAUCACGAUGAGUACAAGUUUGGCAGCCCAGCUGCAGCGGCUGGCGGUUCCGGCGACCUCGGCCCUGUACGACUCGCGCAAGAAGCCUUCGAUUUUGUUUGACGCCCAGGCGGCCGCCGGCAAGGACCGGGAGGUGAUUUACGACAUCGGCAUCAGCGGGCUGCAGGAACUGGUCCAGUUAAACUUGGCGUUUUGCAGUUUGAGGACACGCUGUUCGGGAAGACGUCGAUCGAUUUGCAGCGUUCGGUGGAGAACAAGGAGCUGAACCGGAAGUUGGACGCAAGCAUCCGGAAGUUCUUCUUCCACCUGUCACCGUACUUUAUGCUACAGCCGGCGCACAAGUGUUUGGAGUGGUUGAUUCGGCGGUAUUCGAUCCAUGAGUUUAACCGGGCGGAUUUUGUUAAUUUGAUUUUGCCGUACCAUGAGACGCUGAUCUUUGUGCGGUGCGUCCAGGUGCUGCACAUUGCCGGCAAGAAUGAUCCGUUUGCGUGGCUGCAUGGCGUUAAGAAGAGCGGCGCUCCGUUGGCGAAGAAGUCGAUUGUGAACCACGCCGCAGGAUCGCUUGGAUUUCUGCGCAGUUACGGAGAGUUCCUAGAGCAGGCCGUGGCCGAGCUGGACAACCGUGCGAACGUGCUUCAAGCCAUGAUUGCCUUCUACUGCACAACGACGAUCGGAGUGCUGGACGGAGCGGACCAAGUCGGGGAGAACCUCGUAGUAGCGAUCAUCAAACCCUGGUCAAAGGACUCAGCUCGAAGGCGCUGGAUUUCACCGCGGCCAGCUACAUGAUCGUGGGUCACCUCGUCUCCAAAGCCACGCUGGCGAAGAAGACGCUCGAGAAGAUUCUGCAACGGCUUGCCGUCCAGAUGCAUCCUUCGCUGACCGGAAACGCCGUCAUGCUGAUGGUUCUAAUUCUGCAGACCCAGCAGGAACAGAUCGGGGAGCUGUCGGACGCGGUGAUUGCCACCAUUAUGA